CCGACUUACGCUCCGCCGCCGCCUUCUCACCCGCCUCGCCCGCCUCGCCCUGAUCCCGCCCGGGCCUCCCGGCCUCUCCCCGCCGGCCCGCGGGCUCGCCGUCCGGCGCAGGGCAGGACUGUCUGCGAGAGAGAAGCUCCCCACGUGGUUCUGUGUCGGUGGGCUCCACGACAAAAGUCAACCCUUCUGUAAAUCACCUGCUGUGGUUAUGAUGCUCUGAGUUCAAUACGUCUGAACCUUUGCUGUCUAUGGAUCUGCUCUAAACCUUAUAGCCUGCUUAUGGGGGAAGGUGACGCCUUCUGGGCCCCAUCUGUCCUUCCUCACAGCACCCUCAGCGCCUUAAGCCACCACCCCCAGCCACAAUUUGGCAGAAGGAUGGAGUCCAAGGUCUCAGAAGGUGGCCUGAACGUGACCCUUACCAUCCGCCUGCUGAUGCAUGGAAAGGAAGUUGGAAGCAUCAUUGGGAAGAAAGGAGAAACUGUGAAGAAGAUGCGUGAGGAGAGUGGUGCGAGGAUCAACAUCUCAGAGGGAAACUGCCCAGAGAGGAUUGUGACCAUCACAGGCCCCACAGACGCCAUCUUCAAGGCCUUUGCCAUGAUCGCAUACAAGUUUGAGGAGGAUAUCAUCAACUCCAUGAGCAACAGCCCUGCCACCAGUAAACCCCCAGUGACGCUGAGGCUGGUGGUGCCUGCCAGCCAGUGCGGGUCCCUGAUCGGCAAAGGAGGCUCCAAGAUCAAGGAGAUCAGGGAGUCCACAGGUGCCCAGGUGCAGGUGGCCGGGGACAUGCUGCCCAACUCCACGGAGCGGGCAGUGACCAUCUCGGGGACCCCAGAUGCCAUCAUCCAGUGUGUCAAGCAGAUCUGUGUGGUCAUGCUGGAGUCCCCACCGAAAGGUGCCACCAUUCCCUACCGCCCAAAGCCCGCCUCCACCCCUGUCAUUUUUGCAGGUGGUCAGGUAAGAGCCGAUCCGCUCGCGGCCUCCACUGCCAACCUCAGCCUUUUACUGCAGCACCCGCCGCUGCCCGCCUACACAAUCCAGGGACAGUAUGCCAUCCCUCACCCGGAUCAGUUGACCAAGCUCCACCAGUUGGCCAUGCAGCAAACCCCCUUUCCUCCCCUCGGACAGACCAACCCCGCUUUCCCCGGAGAAAAGCUGCCUUUACACUCCUCCGAAGAAGCUCAAAAUCUGAUGGGCCAGUCAUCAGGUCUGGACGCCAGCCCACCGGCCAGCACUCAUGAGCUCACCAUUCCCAAUGAUCUAAUAGGCUGCAUAAUUGGACGCCAAGGGACCAAAAUCAAUGAAAUUCGACAGAUGUCUGGAGCUCAGAUCAAAAUCGCCAACGCCACUGAAGGGUCAUCAGAGCGUCAGAUCACCAUCACGGGGACCCCGGCGAACAUCAGCCUUGCCCAGUAUCUCAUCAACGCCAGGCUGACGUCCGAGGUCACCGGGAUGGGCACGCUCUAAUCCUACCCAGCACCCUCCCCCGACGUCACCCACCUGCCAGAGCCCAAGGCCCCCGGCUCUCACACUCUGGACAGCCCACCUUCCCUCACACGCUGGACAGCCCACCUUCCCUGCCUCACAGAUAUCCAUAGAGAGGUUUUCCUAAUUAACAGAAGGACAUAUGCCCUGGAGACACACCCCCUCUACAGAGGCUGCAGGCUCCGCCGAGUCCCCCUUCCGUGUUAUUUAUGACGUACAGCGCUCCAGUCUGCCCAUGCACCGGCAUGCAGUGUUAAUUAUUUUAGAAAUAUUGUUCCUUGGUGUCAGCAUAGCUGUCUGUCUUAGGAGCUGGGUCGGCGUUCCAACAGCACUUCCUGUCUACCAUUCUCCUCCGCCAUCCAGAACUGUCCAGAACUGUUGCCUGAGACCCCUCCUGUCUCACACAGCCCUGCUGUGCUGACUCAGUUUCCCCUCAGAGCCAGUGUCAUCUGGGCUCGAGUUUCUGCCCUAGGUCAGGUUGUGUGCUGGAAUCAGGGGUGGCUCUCCUGCCACCCACGGGGAGCACCACCCACGGGGAGCACCACCCACGGGGAGCACCAGAAGAGGAGGGUUGUGGAGGAGGUUGGGGCUCUGACCUCAGGAGUGGGGUGGAGGGUGGAGCCUGCUGGGGGCCCCGCCUCCACAGAGAUGCUGCGUACUGGGAAGGCAUCGGGGUCCCCUGAGCGUCUUCCAGGGUGGCUGGAGAGCACAGACACGCCAGGGAGCCCCUCUGUGCUCCUCAGAGUUCAAUAAAUGUCGUGG